GUUGCUUAUUGUGACUACAUGAGCGCUGAAUCCUGUAACUCGAUUUUCUUUUCUUUAACUAGUCUUCACGAUUACGAGGCAAUCCAUUCCGAGCUUCAGGUCAUUGUACAACUCUGGCAGCACGAUUUUGCAUUGGUCUUGGAUUGUAUCACCACUAGUACUGAGCGCGCAUCACGAUGCAAGCGGAGGAUGAGGUCUUAGAAUAUCAGCCCGUGAACGAAGAGACAUUCCAUCCGUUUUUCUCAUCUCCCGAUGGAGACGUUAUUCUAGGUGCCAAAGACCGAAGUCUGUUCCGCGUUCAUUCUUACACUUUGAAAACAACGUCUGGCUGGUUUCGCUCUUUGUUUUCAAUGCCUCAAAGAAACGCAUCCACAAAUCCAGAAGUAAUACAUCUCGACGAAGACACCGAUACCCUUGAAAAGAUUCUUCGCAUGAUUUGUGGACUACCUAUAAUACCUCUAAGUUCUUAUGACGAAGUCGACGCUUUACUAUUCGCGGCCGAGAAAUACGAUAUGCCAGGCCCAAUGUCGCUCGUCCGUAUUUUUGUUAUGACACCUCCCCUCCUUGACCAGCCACUUCGCCUCUACGCUGUAGCCAGCCGCUAUGGAUGGGAAAGUGAGACAAAGCACGCCUCGACUCAGACGCUGACCAUCAAUGUCCACGCCCUUGAAUACCGCUCUAUUCUACGCAAACUCGGAACAGAUGCUAUCCUUGAUCUGUUCCAGCUACACCGUGAUCGACGCGAAGGAAUUCGGCAACGCCUUGAUCAGCAUCCUUUCGUGGGAGGAUCAGCCGCGAACGUGGCUCAUUGUCCUAGGUGCAGGCGCCAGAUCGAUCACCAUACUUGGAGAGAGUUAAAAUACAGAGUGAUUCUGGAAAUGGAUGUUCGACCUCUGGGCGAUACCGUCAUUAAUCAUGGGUUGACAGAGUGGGCAGAGGCUCGAGCCUGCUGGGAAGCCAAGUGCCCCAACCCAGACUGUAUGUGUGUUUUGUACGACAAGGGAGAGACUUUGCGCCUGAUUCGCGAAUGUAUUGAUGGGUUACCGAGUACGAUAUAACUAUAUUUAUGGGAGUGGAUAUUAUCGGCUGAUUCAAUGUAAGUGGUCUAUAUACGAGCGAAGAUUAUGUAUCUACUAGCCCAUCGUCGAGUAAUAUAUAACUUUGCAAUAAAUCACGUGACCAAACGCCA